CACUGCGUGUGUGUGUGUGUGUGUGUGUGUGUGUGUGUGGCAGCAGAAAAUAAAACUGCGCACACACUGUAAUUCAUAACGUCAGUUACCCCAAGUGUGUCUGCAGCAGAUGUUUCUGUCGCUGUCGCAGUCGCAGUCGCUGUCAGUAUGUCCAGAUCGGAGUUGGCCUGUCGUGAAAUCUCCACAUUUACUUAAUAAAGUAAAUUCAUAUUGUUGUUACAAUUCAAUUAAAGGAGCGCUGCAAGUUCUGGAAAUUACAAAUUCUCGUAGGCAAUGGAAUAUCGCACAUUAAAUUUCUCCGAGUUCACGCUGCGCGCACUCAAAGAGCUCUCGAUACACAAGCAGUCGCAUAUAUUGGCCAGCAAGCUGCUGCGUGGCAAUCAGGCAAAGAAACUACUGCCCGCUCAGCGUAUGCCCAGCUACAAGGAGUUCCAGCGCUUGGUGCAGGCGGUGCAUGGACGCAGCCGUGAGGCGCAGCAUAGCAAACGCGUUUGCGUCUACGAGAGUUUGAUGGAGCUGCGUCGUGAUCAGCUGAACGCAUCGAAGCUGAAGCGCGUGCAGUCUGAGCUGCAGACUCGCUGGAGCUGUGCGGCCAAAAAGUCGAUGCUGAAUGUUAGAAGCUUGUCCAGCGUGCUGGAGCAUAAGCAGGAAAUUUAUCGUAAGAAUAUUUGGCUAUUGAAACGCAUGAACUUCAUUUAUCGCAUGCAUGGCGCUGUCGACAGUUUCAAUCGCAGCUUUAAGGCACCGGCGCCCAAUCAUCACAAGCUUAAGGCCGACGCCGAGGAGCUGCAGCGACGCAACAAUUUCUUGGGCUGCCGCCUAAUGCGCGUCAAGUCGAAAGUGGAUUCGCGCAAUCCCUGGGUGCCCUCGCCGGCGGGCCUAAUGUUGGAGGCCACGGCGGAUACGUUGCGGAAAUAUCGCAGCUAUAUGCCGCGCUCCAGGCAGCCGCGGGCCAAGAAGCUGCUGCGCCCGAUCAUCUACUUUGAUCUGGCGCUGGGCAACGAGCGGCCGCUGGGACGCAUUUGCAUACAACUCUUUACGGAGGUGAGUCCGGAAGUUGUGCUCGAGUUUGUGCGCCUCGCCAGCAGCAAUGAGGUGCAGGCGCACAGAUUCACGCACAUCUUUCCGGAUCUGUGGAUGCAGGGUGAGCUGACGCCGCACGACUUGAAUGCCCUGGAGCAGCAUCAUCAGAAUGCGCCCUCGCCGCUGAAUGCGUCGCGUCUAAAGGGCGUGCUCUCGUAUGCGUGGCGCCAUCGCCAGCAUUUCCCACAGGGCGUGCUAAGCUACAGCAUUAGCUUCAAAACGUUGCCGUUGACGGCGCGGCGACGUGUCAACUUUGGGCGUGUGGUGCGUGGCGUGCGACUGUUGGAGGUCUGUCGGGACUAUGGCACAAAUUGUGGGCACCUUAAGAAACGCAUUGCAGUCGUUGAAUGCGGUUUGCUCUAAAGCGAACAGCCAACAGUGUGUUGCAUGUCAGAUAAGCGCACAAAAAAAAAAAAAAAAA